AUGUCACCUGAGAGAGACAGGAGGAGAGAGCGGCCGACGGAGAGAGAAGGAGAGACAGGAGGAAAGACAGGAGGAAAGACGCAGGAGCAGAGAACAGUCCAGAGAGAAAGAAGGAAAGAGUGGCCAAGAAAGAAAGGAGAGAGCGGCCGACGGAGAGGGAAGGAGAGACAGGAGGAAAGACGCAGGAGCAGAGAACAGUCCAGAGAGAAAGAAGGAGAGAGCGGCCAAGAGAGAAAGAAGGAGAGAGCAGCCAUGAGAGAAAGAAGGAGAGAGAGCGGCCAAGAGAGAAAGAAGGAGAGAGCGGCCAAGAGAGAAAGAAGGAGAGAGCGGCCAAGAGAGAAAGAAGGAGAGAGCGGCCAAGAAAGAAAGACGGAGAGAGCGGCCAAGAGAGAAAGAAAGGAGGAGAGCGGCCAAGAGAGAAAGAAAGGAGAGAGCGGCCAAGAGAGAAAGAAAGGAUGGAGAGCGGCCAAGAGAGAAAGAAAGGAGGAGAGCGGCCAAGAGAGAAAGAAGGAGAGCGGCCAAGAGAGAAAGAAGGAUGAGAGCGGCCAAGAGAGAAAGAGGAGAGAGAGCGGCCAAGAGAGAAAGAAGGAGAGAGCGGCCAAGAGAGAAGAAUGA